AUGCCAACCCUCCUACCGCUGCAAUACGCUCCUUGGAGCUCAGACGUAGAGCUGGCAUUCUACUCAGCCCUGGCCUCGCUCAAGAUCAAUCACGACAAACUCGACUCAUCUGCUCGGAAGGUUCUCGGACUGUACGAGAUCAGUCACAAAGAUGCUCCCGAUCGAUCAACACGAAUGCAAAUCCAUGGCAAUUCCUUGACGACUGACGAAACUCCUCAAGGCUUCUACCGCGCCGAAGGCUUCAUCCGCAAUUUCAACACCAUCGAAGAGUUCCGACAGGUCGACAAGGCCGCACACAUCGAAAGAGCCGGCCGCAUGAUCUGGGAUGCAAUUAAGGAUGGCACAAUCUACUCAUGUCCUUCGCUGCUCUGCUCCUUCACCGCAGUAUGCUUUGCCGACUUGAAGAAAUACAAGUUCUCAUACCACUUCGCAUACCCCGCAUUACACUCCGAUCCGCAAUGGAGACUGGUCGCACCAUCGAACGAUCCUGAGAAGGCCACGAAGCAGCUGGAAGCGAAAGAGACAACGACACUAGUGGAUGCAGUGCAGACAUGGCGGUAUAGCGUGGACACCAGACAGCAUGGUUUCUUCCUGGCAAAGCGACUACGGAAGGAAAAACGGAAGAACUCGAGAUCUUCAAGUCUGAGUGAGUUGGGCUUUCUCUGGUGGAUCGGACCGUUGUCGGCAUACGAGACUGGUUUCUUUGAUAAUGCGAGACCGGAUGAUCGAUAUGUCUGCUUCGCCGACCCUUCCACAUUUCCCUCCAAUCCCGGCUGGAUGCUGCGGAAUCUGCUCGUUCUGGUACGACAAAGGUGGAGACUGGACAAGGUGCAAGUUCUCUGCUAUCGAGAUGUGCAUGCUCGAAGGGAGCACCCUACUUCUGUCAUCAUGACAUUGCAGACGGCGGAACCUGUUUGGGACUUCUCUGCGGAAGAGAAAUUGCAAGAGGUCACUGGCUGGGAGCGAGGAGACCAGGGAAAGAUCAUGUCCAAGACAGUUGAUCUAGCAUCAUACCUCGAUCCAUCACGCCUCGCAGAUCAAGCGGUCGACCUCAAUCUCAAGCUCAUCAAAUGGCGGAUAUCUCCCUCAAUCGAUCUUGAUACCAUCAAGCACACAUCUUGUCUCCUUCUCGGCGCGGGUACGCUUGGAUCCUACGUCGCGAGAAAUCUGAUGGGCUGGGGCGUGCGCAAGAUCACAUUUGUUGACAACGGCCGGGUCAGCUACUCGAACCCCGUCCGCCAACCACUGUUCGAUUUUAAAGACUGCCAAAAUGGAGGCGUGUGGAAAGCACAACGAGCAGCCGAUGCUCUGUCCGAGAUCUAUCCUGGUAUCGACUCGACGGGCGUGGUCCUCAGCGUUCCGAUGGCCGGCCAUCCGCUCGUCGAUGAAGAGAAGACGAAGAAAUGCUAUGAGCACCUCCGAAAACUGAUCGACUCUCAUGAUGCGAUCUUUCUUCUUAUGGACACUCGCGAGUCUCGCUGGCUGCCUACGCUAAUGGCCAAAGCUGCUAACAAGAUUGUCAUCAAUGCCGCUCUUGGCUUCGAUACAUAUAUGACAACUCAGUCCCUCUCCUGCUACUUCUGCUCCGACGUUGUCGCUCCCGCAGAUUCCCUCCGCUCCGCCACUCUCGACCAGCAAUGCACGGUAACCCGCCCCGGUGCCGCUCCCAUUGCGUCUGCGCAAGCCGUCGAACUUCUAGUGUCCAUCACACAACAUCGCUUGAAGGGCCUUGCGCCUCCACCGCCGCCUCUCACAUCCACCGCCAUCGCCGCUGCGCCCCCUACCGACCCGUUAGAACCUGGGUCUCACCCGCUCGGUACUGUACCGCAUAUCCUCCGCGGAUACAUGUCCACCUGGCAGGUCUUGCAGAUUUCUGGACAAGCAUAUGACUGCUGUGCGGGAUGUGGGACGGGAGUCUUGGAGGCGUACGAAAAGGAAGGAUGGGAGUUUUUGAAGAGAGCGCUCGGCGAGAAAGGCUACGUGGAGAAAGUCAGCGGAUUGGAGGAAGUGCAGAGGAGGGCUGAGGAGGCGGAACGAUUGAUGGCUGAGGAGGAUACUGAUGGAGAAUGGGGCGAGGAUGAAGGUGAGGGCGAGUUGCUCUGAGGAUGACAACCCUGUCUGAUGGUCGGAACGGAGCCCUGAGUCGCGCAAAGAAUGUCUAUCGCAGAGACUGCGCGAACAGCGCUAAGUGACGUUCAACCCUCCAUCCGCGCUCAUUUCCACACUAAACGGAAUGCACAAGGGACUCCCAUAAUGACUUUGCGCCGCAGCUGCCGAGCACGGUGAUCGUGUCAUGACAGAUUCGAGCAUUUUCACGCCUCGUGUACUAUCGUUCAUCGCAUUGGACAAGCCGCUCGCUGAUCACCACAAGUGUUGCUGUGCAUGCUCGGGCGGCACAUCUUCGAAUUACGAUGCCGCCCUUUCUCCACGUCCACCAGGGCCUAGCCUUGCGAAGAUGACGCGGCAUAGCAGUAUCCAUGCGCAGGAAGAUAAGUAUAGCGAUGUGAAGCAGGGUGACUCCUGAU